UUGUGUGCGGCCGGCGGGGCGCGCGGCGGUGCGGGCGGGCCACGGGCGGCGGGCGCCGCGGUCGGGCGGGCGGGCGCGCGGCAGCAUGGAGGAGCUGAGCAGCGUGGGCGAGCAGGUCUUCGCCGCCGAGUGCAUCCUGAGCAAGCGGCUCCGCAAGGGCAAGCUGGAGUACCUGGUCAAGUGGCGCGGCUGGUCCUCCAAACAUAACAGCUGGGAGCCAGAGGAGAACAUCCUGGACCCGAGGCUGCUCCUGGCCUUCCAGAAGAAGGAACACGAGAAGGAGGUGCAGAACCGGAAGAGAGGCAAGAGGCCGAGAGGCCGGCCGAGGAAGCUCACUGCCAUGUCCUCCUGCAGCCGGCGCGCCAAGCUCAAGGAACCCGAUGCUCCCUCCAAAUCCAAGUCCAGCAGUUCCUCCUCUUCCUCCACGUCGUCGUCCUCUUCCUCAGAUGAAGAGGAUGACAGUGACUUAGAUGCCAAGAGGGGUCCCCGGGGCCGGGAGACCCACCCAGUGCCUCAGAAGAAGGCCCAGAUCCUGGUGGCCAAACCUGAGCUGAAGGACCCCAUCCGGAAGAAACGAGGCCGCAAGCCCCUGCCUCCGGAGCAGAAGGCGACCCGGAGACCCAUGAGCCUGGCCAAGGUGCUGAAGACGGCCCGGAAGGACCUCGGGGCCCCGGCCAGUAAGCUGCCACCUCCACUCAGCGCCCCCGUGGCAGGCCUGGCAGCUCUGAAGGCCCACGCCAAGGAGGCCUGCAGCAGCCCCAGCACCAUGGCCACCCCAGAGAACCUGGCCAGCUUGAUGAAGGGCAUGGCCAGCAGCCCUGGCCGUGGUGGCAUCAGCUGGCAGAGCUCCAUCGUGCACUACAUGAACCGCAUGACCCAGAGCCAGGCUCAGGCCGCCAGCAGGUUGGCACUCAAGGCCCAGGCCACCAACAAGUGCGGCCUCGGGCUGGACCUGAAGGUGAGGACGCAGAAAGGGGAGCUGGGAAUGAGCCCUCCAGGAAGCAAAACCCCAAAGGCCCCCAGCAGCGGGGCUGUCGAGCAGAAAGCAGGGAGCACUGGGGGGCCCCAACACACCCAUGGCACCAGCAGGGUCCCUGCUGGGUGCCCAGGCCCCCAGCCAGCCCCCACCCAGGAGCUGAGCUUCCAAAUCUUAGACUUACAGAAUGUCAAGAAUGGCAUGCCUGGGGCAGGUCUGCUCCCCCGCCACGCCGCCACCACCAAGGGUGUCCCAGCCACCAACCCAGCCCCUGGGAAGGGCACUGGGGGUGGCCCCAUUGGGGGCAGCGGGGCCACCAUGCCCACCGACACCAGCAAAAGUGAGAAGCUGGCUUCCAGAGCAGCAGCUCUGCCCACCCCUGCCGGCAAGAGGGACUGUGUCAAGGGCAGUGCCACCCCCAGUGGGCAGGAGAGCCGCUCGGCCCCCGGAGAAGCCCGCAAGGCGGCCACGCUGCCUGAGAUGAGUGCAGGUGAGGAGAGCAGCAGCUCUGACUCCGACCCUGACUCCACCUCACCACCCAGCACUGGGCAGAACCCGUCAGUGUCCGUUCAAACCAGCCAGGACUGGAAGCCCCCCCGCAGCCUCAUCGAGCACGUCUUUGUCACCGAUGUCACCGCCAACCUCAUCACCGUCACAGUGAAGGAGUCUCCCACCAGUGUGGGCUUCUUCAACCUGAGGCAUUACUGAAGCCCCUGAGCCACCAGCUGCUUGGUCUUACCUCCCCUUCCCUGUCUCGGGCUUUGCUGACUAAGUGACUCCCAGCCCAAGCCCCCUCAAGGGUCUGGGUAGGGAGGAGGAGUAGGUGGUCUCCUUGAAGAGCAGGCUUGGAAGGGGCUUUUCCCCAGCCCCCACCCUGCCUUGCUGGCCUGGUCUCCACCAUGUUCCUACCUCUGUAGGCCUCUGCUCUCCCCUCCUGCCUCAGGAAAUGUGGUGGCACCCGUGGCUCAAGGUGACUGUCUUGAACAGAGCGGGCUUCUUUGUGGCUGCGUUCGUGCUGGGUUUGAACUGCCCCUCCCUGGCCUGCAAGACUGAAUCACAGCUUUGCUCCCAUCUCCCAGGGUCUGAGGUAUCAGGAGGGGGCUUCUGGCCCACCUCACCUUCAGCCUUGGGUGGCAGGAGAGUGUCAUGGGGAGGCAAGGCCAGUGGGACUCGUGUUCCCUCCACCUGGCGACAGCUUUUGGGAGAUGGGAUGGGUGGGGGCUGGCCUGGUUAGCAUGGCCUCAGCCAGCAGUGGUGGGGUGGGGAGCCAUCCCCUGACAACUGGGGGCUGGCCAGGUCCUUGAUGUGAAGGACAGUGGCUGGCAGCUGGCGUAGAGUGAGCACAGGAGCCCUAACAGGCUUUUCGGCCAUCUAGCCCCGGUUCAGGGCAGCAUCUACGGCCCCCACACAGCCCACAGGCCAGCAUGGGUGGGGUGGGAGGGGGUUCCACCUGAAGAGCCUCCACGCUUCGGAGCAGGAGGCAAGCUGUGGCCACUGCCCGCCCUUCUGCUGUCCCAGUGAGAAGUGACCUGAGUCCCCUUCCAGACCCACCCCCUGCCCGGGGUCCACUGAAGCAUCUUCCAUUUC